AUGGACCACUUAUUGAGGGCAGCAAAGAUACCAGAUGAACACCGAGUUGAUAUUGUUCAGCUGCAGCUCAUUAAUGUAGCCAGAACCUGGUGGGACGCAGAGGAGGAGAAGAUGCCUAGGCCGAUUUCAUGGGAGAUAUUCCAGGAGAUUUUCGUAGAGGCAUUUUUUCCGAAGACAGCUCGUCUUGAGAUGCAGAGGCAGUUUGUUAUGUUGAGGCAGAGAGCUAGUACAGUAGAUGAGUAUGCAGCAGAAUUUGCCAAGCUCAGCAGGUUUGCCCCGGGGAUGGUAUCGAAUGAGGUGGAUAAGGGACAGAGGUUCAUGCAGGGUCUGAACUUUGAGAUUCAGACUCAAAUUUACAGUCAGAAGGGGAUAGAAACUUAUGCAGAUGUCCUAGAGGCAGCUCGGAAGGUAGAACAAUUGAUUGGGAUCAUGAACUCGGUGAAGAGAGGGGCAAACAAGCGCCCCGCAGGACAGAACUCGGGAGGUAACCAGCAGAAGCCUCAGAUAGGAGGAGCACCAGCCAAGCGCCAGCAGACAGGGGCUUCAAGACCAACUCCACAACCAACCAACAUGAUCAGCCAUUUCUGCAGCAAGCCGGGGCACUUGAUGAAGGACUGCAGGCGAGCUAACGGGUUAUGCUUAGCAUGUGGGGCAGCAGAUCAUCAGAUCACCAGUUAUCCUAGUAGGGGAGUCUCAAGAGGAUAUUCAGGUGGAGCGAUAGUACCAACAGGCCAGACUAGACAGGGCGGACAACAGCUGAGGCCACCACUUCCCACACAAUAG